AUGUCACUAGAGAACGCCAGAAGGGCUAUUGGCAUGCAGCCUUCUGGGUCUAGCUCGUCGAAAAAUAGUGCGCAAGAACAUACACCAUGGUGUGCAACUGAUAAAUUACUGCAUGCAGAAAUCAUCACUUCUUUUAUGCCUCUUGAAUACCCAAAGAUUGGAGAAUCAGUAUCUAAACAUAUAGCUAAAAACUUAAGGAACCUUUACCCUGGUGACAAGGUUUACAUUUUUGAAACUUUGGCUGUCAAUGAAAAGUUAACUUGGGCAAGAGGUUAUGUUGUUAUUCAACCUUUACCUGCUGACUUUAUCUCUGCUUCCGUUGAUAUUAAAAAGCUUCCUGAAGAUAAAGUAUACACUUGCAUUUUUCCCCUCAAUUGUGCAAAAGUUCUUUCUCACUCGGAGCUUGAAAUGACCGUCGGCCAGGAAAACUCUAUGUUUGAAUCGUUUGAUGAAUUUGAUGAUUCUCUGUCAUUUACCGAAUCUGAAUUCUCAACUUCAAGCUCGAAAACAAAGAGGCAAGUGAGGCCUCAGUUGCCAAUGAGUGAUUCCAUUGUAUCAAACAACUUAUCAGAUGAAAUCAAGCUUACUCUGAAGACUAUCUCUUCUACUUUAUUUGCAGUUUAUUCUAAAAACCGGUUUGAUUUUUUUGAGAAGUUAGUCAAAAUCUAUUAUGAGUUGGAUGAUUUGAGAUUGAAUUUACAAAAUGAUCUUCUAACGAAACACGAAACAGAAUUAGCAAAACAAAAGGUUAUAUUACUUCUGAGUAAAUUUGCGAAAUUAUCGGCUUCUGGUGGGGGACUAAUUAACAGAUCCAAGCACUCAAAGUCUGAUAUUGAUGGUAAAGAGUCCAUUAUUGCAAGAGAUGAAAAAACUGCGGAGUUGUACCAAUUCCCUGAAAAGAGUAACGGCAUUGUCAAUCCGGGCAAAAUUGCACAAAACCAAUUGUUGAGCUCCUUAUCUCCCCAUUACAUUUCAUCUUCUCAUGUUAAUUUUGUUUCUCCAAAAAACACAAAAUUUGUCGAAAGCACACCUUCUAAUAUUGUUGUUGACUUCAAGGAAGUUGUGGGAUCGUCAUUCAUUCUACCAAAAGGUUAUGCGGGUAUGAAAGCCUACAUGUAUUUAAGGAACCAGAAGAAGAGACUUACAGAAGCCUUUUGUAUUAGCAUCAACUCGGACCAAAAAUUACAAAUUGACAAUUUGGCUGCUGCAUUAUUUACAAAUAUCCCUGCAAAUGAAGUAGAAGGUGGAAAAAUUUAUCUUGUUGCUAUUCUGACCGAGAAUAUCAACAUCAAUGAAAAUAACAAUUCUUCUUUGAAAGUGAUCCGUAAAGGUUUGAGUGCAGGUGUUGCAGAUAUUUCACGUAUUUUUUCACAUAAGAAAGGUCAUCUUGUAUCUGGACAAUCGCACAGAUUCCAAAUCAAGUUGUUUUCUUCUUUCAUGGAUGGCCAGAAGCAGGAGGUCAAACUUUUUGCAGGUAUGAAUCAAAUGAUGGCCAAAUCUCUAACGCUGGUGAACAAUGGUUGGGGUGAAUUGAUUGAUCGUAUCAUCAGCGGAUCGAGUAAGGGUGUUGCAGUCAAUCCGAGAGCAGAAAAGUUAAUCUUAAGUAUCAAAGAACUAAAAUUAUCAGAUUAUAAUAAGAGCAUAUUGAGUAUAAUCUCUGGUGGCAAUGGUAAUUUUAAUAAUGUUGCUUGGAGUGGUGUUCCGUCGUUAUUGUAUAAUCCAUUAGAGGAAGAAGUAGAAAAAUUGAUCUUGAAAUUAUCAAAGGUUGUUAAUAAGGGCAUGAAGCUACAGAGUAACAAUUUUAUUACCGUUCACAUUAGAGCUUCCUCCCCUGAUAUUUGCUUUUCAAAAGGUAAGAAUGAAGAGCUACUGUCGUCAUGGAAGUUUUUAUCUGUUUCUCCAGAUGAGUCUGUUGAAGAGAUGAUUGUUGUUAGAAAUCUACCAACCACUAUAAACAGUGGCAAGGACUACUUGAUUUUUGAUUUAUUUGUUGAUGGGAACUAUGUUGGUUGCUCUAAAUACCUCUUGAGAUCAGGAAGUGAAAUUUAUGAUACCGGCAUAACCUCACGGACGCCAGCUUCUGUGGAUUUUAAUGUAAACAAUUCUGUUAUUGCUACCGCAGAAAUAAUGUUAGAGUAUGUUGGUAAAACCUUUAACCAGGAUCAUGUUGUCCAAUCCGUGUUGAACUGGAAAAGUGUUUUUGGAACUGAUCUAGUGAAGAACGAAAUAACGUUUAUCGAAGCUUUGGGUAAACUGAAAAGGCUCAAAUUAUCUGCAUUGAUCAGACACUUCUCCAAAUUUUGCUUUGAACUGUUGUGUAUGUAUGAUUUGGCAUCAUCAAGCAAUCUUCCAGAUUUGAAAAAGGCAGUUUUUGAAGCCCUCAUUCAUCUGCUGGACGUAUCCAUCGCAAGAAACCGGGAAUAUGUCUCCUUAUUUGAGGAUAUGUUGAAUGAAUUUGGAUCAUUUGUACCAAAGUUGGGUGAGAAACUGAUGUCAUCAGUUUCUAAAAUUUUUAGUGAUUUCAAACAAGAAUGGAAUGCAAGCGGUAGGGCAUUAUGCAGAACUUCAUAUUUGAUUCUCAAAUUAGCAUCGAAGUGUAUUGGGAACCAUGAGGAGUAUAAGACGCAGGUUUUGUUAUUUGCUUCUUCCAUUAAUGGAUUCCUAUCUUCCAAUGCAGAGAUUGUCUUGCCUGAUCAAUUACUUAUUUUAGAGACACUUGAACUAUAUUUGGAUAUUUUUGGGCCUUAUUUUGAAAUUAGAGAUCUCAUUAAAUUUGUUAUCGAAUGGACUGGUGCAAAUAAACUAAAGGGUUUGGGUAUUUUAGAAGAUGCUAAUGCGACUGCUCUAAUCAACAAGAAAAGAAAUAGAGAACACUCUUUCUUAAUCAACAAACUUAUUUUUAUCAACAGACUAGUAAAUACUCCUGAUUAUUACAGAGGAGAUCCAAAGGAUGUGGAACUGUUCAUUAACUCCGCUUUAGAUAUGAUUCUGAGUAUAUUCCGUGAUGAUUCUAUUGAUAUGGAAUGUUCUAGAUUGGCACUCGGCAUUUACUUAUCACUUGUAAAUGCCACCUUUGGUCAGGAUAAAGUUUACCUUGAUACUUCCGAACACUUAUACAUACUUUUGAUCAGAUUGUUACCCUUCUUAUCUGAAAGUUUUGAUAAGUAUAGAAAAUAUUGUUCCUCGAACGGUUUUUUCAAAAAGAAGAGAACAUUCACUUAUUUGUUCCAAAGCUCUUUUCCAUUUACUGAACAUACUAUGGAUUCAAUUGUUACUGAUGUCACUUUGGUGGAAUUGCUAGUUGAAUUCGAAAUUAUUGUUAUUUACACCGCUAAAGUUUUUGACUACUAUCGUGAUACCUUUUACAAAACAGAUAACCCUAAUUUUGGCAUUUACUCUGACCUAUUAUGCAAAUUCGGUGUUCCUGACAUUACCAGCUUCGAAUCAUUAAAUUCAAUCCUUCGUAUGACAGAGAGGAUGAUAUCUUCUAAUUUUUAUCCUAGCUCUUGGUUAUCACUACGGUCUAUUGCUUUGCAAGGUUCGUAUCUUCUAAUCGACUUAGUGACACCUUUCCUACCCACCCCAAAUGGUGAGAACAUAUCUCUGUGGAACCUUUACAUCAGGUUGAUGUUGAAGGCUUCCACAUCUAAGCCUGUAGCCCUUGAGCAUCUUGAACCUACUGCAAGAAAAGGGUGUCUAGAGCUAACCACGGAUUUGAGAACUAAAAUUGCACCAAUGAUAGGUACAGCAUGGAAUUCAUUAGGUUUGCCACUGUCCGAAGCCAACAAAGCUCGAUUCAGAAUUGAAGUGUGUGGUGGCUAUCAAGGACCAGUUCUUUCAUUCAAUGAUUAUGAAUUAUUAAAGAGACUCAUGUUGUUUAUUUUACAAAGAAAUUCUGAGUGUUUAAGCGUAGGCAUAAUGAUUUACUGGACCAUCAUUGCUAACGAACUCAUAGAGAAGGACACAUUGUUUGAAUUUGAGAAACACGCGGUCAUAUCCUUGUAUGGUAUAUUUGAAAAUGAUUUGACUUAUUCACCAAAAUCGUUGGAGAUUGAAAAUUUAGUUACCAGUAUUCAAACAGUCACUACAAAAAUGGACAAAGAAGAUGAAGAUUAUUCUGAAGUUGUGAGGUUUGCCAAAAUAAUUGCACGUUAUCUUGCCUCUUUGGUUCAGUUAGAUCAAGUUCCAAACGGCGAAGAAUUUGAUGAUGACCGUGCAUUCCAUAGACUAAGCAUCUCCAGUUUCUUGAUGAAUGUGGAUAGACCUGAACUAUUCCAAGGUUUUAUUUGUGAUAUGUAUGGAAACUACUUAGAAAAGAAAAAUUAUGUUCAGGCAGCGUUGAGUUUAGAAUUAUUAGCCAAUACAUGGGAAUGGGAUGUUGAUGUUUAUCUUCCAGAAUGUCACAGACCAAAAUUACCUAGCCAAACGGCAUUCAAAAGAAAGGUGGAUUUAUUCAAGAUUAUUGCAAGCAAUUUUGUCAAAGGCAACAAGUUGGAACAGGCUGUCGAUAUCUACAAUGAGAUGUUAGAAGCAUAUACUAAAUUCAAUUUUGAUUUAUCAGGGUUAUCCUUCUGUCACACUGAGCUGGGUAAACUCUACGGACAGUUAGAAAACGUUGAUAGAUUAGAAUCUACAUUUUUCAAGAUUUCUUUUAUUGGAUCUGGAUUUCCGGAAUCGAUCCGUAGUAAAGAAUUUAUUUAUGAAGGUUUACCCUACGAACAUAUAACCAGCGUUCAUUCUAGAUUGAAUAGGCUAUACCCAGGUUCUCGAAUUAUAAGUAAUGAAGAUGAAGCUAAUAAACUCUUAGUUGAUAUUCCAUUUGGUAAGUUCUUAUUCAUCAAAACUGUCAGUCCAAAGAAAGAGAGCUAUAAUGGUAAGUUGUCGUUUAUGGCCAAACAAUACAUUGAUAACAAGAACUUGAAUACUUUCAUGAAUACUAGAAGGCUUCCUGGUGCUACAGGAAUUCAUAAUUUAUGGACUGAGGAAAUUACAUAUCAAACCUAUAUGACUUUCCCUACAUUGAUGAACAGAUCCGAAAUCAAAUUCACAACAGUUGUCAAAAUUCCUCCUAUUAAAAAUGCAAUUAAAUCGUUGAUGUUAAAGACUGACGAAUUAGUAAACUUGGAGUAUCUCAUCUGCCAAAAUUUGAAGGAUAACAUUAAGUUGAGCUCAAUUGCUUCAAGUUCAAUGUUCAACAGUGUGAGUAGGAUUUUAGCCGGUACAGUUGAUUCCCCUGUUAAUGGUGGUGCAAGCCAGUUCAAAAUAUUUCUCUCAAAAGACUCGAAAGUUGAUAUUGGAGAAAGUGAGGAAGAAUAUGCAGACGAUUGUGACAAAUUGAAGGAGUGUUACGAUGAGUUGAUCAAGGCGAUGAACAGAUUAUUGAAAUUCCAUGGUUUGAUUAUCCCUGGCUCACUAAAGUUACAACAUGAUUCACUUGUUGAGCUAUUCUCUAAAAAUUUCAAGGAGGAGAUUGAAGAAUUACAGUUAGACGUCAGCUCUACAUUAGACUAUAACGAACUUAUGAGUUCCUUGACUAGCACGAACAUCUAUUCUAAACAAAGGAACAACCAAAGUUCAUCAGCGUUUAAUUCCAACUCCAACUCUAGUUUCAAUAAGUUUGCAUUCAUGAACUCUAGUUCCUCAAUACACGGAUCUAACUCUAGGAGGUAUUCCUCGGUUCCCAGCCACCAUAGUUCUCACCAUGGAUCUCACCACUCUCAUCAUGGAUCCCACCAUGCGUCAAGACACGGUUCGGUAUUUGCUAUUCAAAGAACAGCCGCACAUCUGACCGGAAAUUCUAGGUUUUCCGCCAGAGAUGAUGAAAGUACUGUGAGCUACAUGGACGAAUCUAUAAGCAGACAGAGUCAAUCCAUGAACAAAUCCAGCAAGAAGAAUCUCCUCAAUUACAAUUAA